UCUCCAACCCCCACAUCUCCUGUUUGUCUUCCACUCACUCCCCCCAAAACUCUUCUUUUCCCAGUCUCUGUCUCAAGAGAUUUAACAAAGAAACACACAAAGAAGGGAAAAGAAAUCUCUCUAUGGAAGCCUUUUUCAGUCUCAUCACCCAUUUCUCACUUCUCAUUCUUCUCUUCCAAGCUGCUCAUUCUGGUACUGUCACAGGAAAUGGAGUUGCAGAUCAAUGGAGACACCCCAGUGUCCAUUAUGUUCAAGAGUCCAUCAAGGGUUUCGAGCUGCGUGAAGACGACAUGGCUUUCUCGCCAGAAUCAUCUCCAUUAGCAGCUCCUGCACCAACUCCAGGUGGAGUUAUAUCAACCUCACCGGACUACACUUGGCCUUUCCACUACAAACAAGUGAAUUCACCAAGCUCAUCACCCACAAACAGCCCUCCAUCAGCAGAUGCAGAUGAGGGUAUGCCCUUUAUUAACAGUAAUCCCACCGUCCCUCUCCCCACCGGUGAAACUGACUCUGUUACCAUACGACCCUUGCCCAUUUCUGCUCACCAAGACCAGAUGGAGGCCGUGCUUGCAUUUCAGAUUACAGUUAGUUUUAUGGUUUGCGUCAUACUCUUUAAGGGAUGAUUACAUCAUCAAUAACACGGUCUUCACCUUAAUUUCUUUUCUUUUCUUUUCCUCCAUUACUUUUCUUCUUUGCUUCAGAAAUGGCUUUUGUAGUAAUUUACUUCACAAUAUUGGUCUAUGUAUGUGUACGUAUGUGUUUGUUUUUCUUCUGUUUUCCA